UCUCUGUCUCUGUCUCUCUCUCUAAGUGCAGUCAAACUUCAAACUGUCAAACUUUGUGGCUCUUUCCAGUUUCUACCGUAAAGACUUGCAAAAUUUAUCGAUUAUAACCCAAUAACUCAAGUACUCUCUGCGACCUAUCCCUAACAGCCUUACAGAUAUAUAUAGUCUUUUAUUGAUCAAACUUUCAAACUUGUUGCUAGCAGAAGAACAGGAUUGUUCUGUCGUGAGAAACAAGACACAAAGAUUUUGGGGGUUUUUUUUGUGUGUUAAUUUUUGGUGUUUUGUAAUACAUGGAGCGAUACGAGAUUGUGAAAGAUAUCGGGUCAGGGAAUUUCGGAGUGGCCAGGUUGGUCAGAGACAAGUGGACAAGAGAGCUUUUUGCUGUUAAGUUCAUCGAGAGAGGCCAGAAGAUUGAUGAACAUGUCCAAAGGGAAAUCAUGAACCACAGGUCAUUAAAGCAUCCCAAUAUUGUUAGAUUCAAAGAGGUCCUGCUAACGCCGACUCAUCUAGCCAUUGUGAUGGAGUAUGCUGCGGGUGGGGAGCUUUUCGAAAGAAUUUGCAAUGCUGGUAGAUUUAGCGAGGACGAGGCCAGGUUUUUCUUUCAGCAACUGAUAUCAGGAGUCAGUUAUUGUCAUUCAAUGCAAAUUUGUCAUAGAGAUCUUAAGCUUGAAAACACUCUCUUAGAUGGCAGCACGGCUCCUCGUGUGAAGAUAUGUGAUUUCGGAUACUCAAAGUCAUCUGUGCUGCAUUCUCAGCCAAAGUCUACUGUUGGAACACCGGCCUACAUUGCACCUGAGGUCUUCUCUAAAAAAGAAUAUGAUGGGAAGGUUGCAGAUGUUUGGUCUUGUGGUGUCACCUUAUAUGUGAUGUUAGUAGGGGCUUAUCCUUUUGAGGAUCCUGAAGAUCCAAGAAACUUCAGAAAAACAAUUGGCCGGAUACUUAGCGUUCAUUACUCAAUUCCAGACUAUGUCCACGUUUCUGUGGAAUGCAAACAUCUUUUGUCUCACAUUUUUGUGGCUAAUCCAGAAAAGAGAAUAACAAUCCCAGAAAUCAAAACCCAUCCAUGGUUCUUAAAGAACUUGCCUAUAGAACUAAUGGAAGGAGGAAGCUACCAGAGCAAUGAUGUGAAUAAUCCACUGCAGAGCAUUGAAGAAGCGUCGUCCAUAAUACGAGAGGCAAGACAAACUCUUGAGGUUCCAAAGCUUGGUGGGAGUUACAUUGGAGGAAGUAUGGAUCUAGAUGAUUUGGAUGUUGAUGCUGAUAUUGAAGAUGUAGAAACAAGUGGUGAUUUUGUUUGCCCACUAUGAUUAGACUUACAAAUAUGUGUAUGUAAUUGUAGAUCCACGAUUGUGACCACAGAUUCUUUCUUUGUUGUAAUGGGGAAUGGAUGAAUUCCCUUUUUCCUACGAUUCCUUGUUUUUUCUUUUUACUUUUAUGAUGACUCAUGAUUGACGCUUAUUUAUGUGAUACUUUUUUGCAUA